AUGGAGAAGCACGACGACGGCGUUUGCGCGGCGGAAUCUGUCGACGGAAGCCUUGACGUUUGGAGUUGUAAAAAUUCCGAUUCUUCUUCCGCCGAUCACCUUGUUGUUAUGGUCCAUGGGAUCAUGGGAAGUACGGACGAUUGGAAGUUUGGAGCAGAGCAAUUCGUCAAAAUGAUGCCAGACAAAGUAUUUGUUCAUUGUAGUGAAAAAAAUGCGUCUGCGCUUACUUUAGAUGGUGUGGAUGUAAUGGGUGAACGUCUUGCAUCUGAGGUUCUUGAUAUUAUUCAGAGAAGUCCAAAUAUCCGUAAAAUCUCCUUUGUUGCACAUUCUUUGGGAGGGCUUGCAGCGAGAUAUGCAAUUGGGAAGUUGUACAAGCCAGCUAAUCAGGGAGAUGAGAGUGAAGGAACGAUAUGUGGCCUAGAGGCUAUGAACUUCAUCACUGUAGCUACACCACAUUUGGGUUCAAUGGGUAAUAAACAGGUUCCGUUUCUCUUUGGUGUUUCUUCCAUUGAGAAAGUGGCAGGUCUCAUCAUCCACUGGAUAUUCAAAAGAACGGGGCGACACCUUUUCUUGAAAGAUGAAGAAGAGGGAAAACCACCCUUGCUUCGACGCAUGGCGCAAGAUUCCGGUGAUUGUAAAUUCAUAUCUGCAUUGCGUGCCUUCAAAAGGCGGGUGGCUUAUUCAAAUGUGGGCUAUGAUCACGUUGUUGGCUGGAGGACGGCUUCUAUUAGACGUGACAGUGAAUUGCCUAAGUGGGAAAAUUCUCUGAACGAGAAGUAUCCACAUAUUGUGUACGAAGAACUCUGCAAGGCAUGUGAUGCUGAGGACAUAGCAGAAGGCGAGAAUCAUGCAGACGACUUAGAAGAAGAAAUGAUCAAAGGCCUCUCCUCUGUCUCAUGGGAAAAAGUUGAUGUUAGCUUCCACAGUAGUAGGCAGAGGUUCGCUGCUCAUAGUGUUAUACAGGUCAAAAACGAAACUAUGCAUAUAGAAGGAGCAGAUGUCAUAGAGCAUAUCCUUGAUCAUUUCCUUGCCUAA